UUUUUUCAAAGAAGAUUAAUUUAUCACUUAUGUAUAUAUAUACAUACAUAUGUAUGUGUAUGUAGGAUCGAUUAUGUUAUGAUAUCAAAAGAAGGAUACAUCUUGUUUAAGAAAUUGAUAAACCGCUUCGACAGUCUUAUCCUUAACGAGACGAGUACACUAACAAGGCCGAUGGAAAAUACAGAUAUAUAAAAUGAAUGACACCAGUUCUGAAAGAUUGAAUCCUAGAAUGAGUUCGACUGAAGAAUUCAAAUUAACAAUAGACAUGAAGUUCAACGAGGGUCAUAUGAUCAGCAUCAUUACCUACAGCGUUUUGAUGGGAAUUUUAGCAAUUGGAAAUAUCAGCGUAUAACUUCUUAUCAUGCGUUGUCGUAGAACAUCAAAAUCAAGGAUGUACACCAUGCUAAUGCAUUUGGCCAUUGCCGAUCUUCUCGUAACAUUCCUAAUGAUGCCUUUGGAAAUUGGUUGGUCAAUAACUGUGUCAUGGAAAGCUGGGGAUGCUAUGUGCAGGAUUAUGGCAUUUUUCCGAGUAUUUGGACUCUAUCUUUCUUCAUUCAUGUUAGUCUGCAUUAGUUUGGACAGAUAUUAUGCAGUUCUCAAACCACUCCAAUUAUUGCACGUAGACAGACGUGGAAAAGUUUUGUUAACUAUAGCAUGGUUGGGUUCGAUACUUUGUUCAAUACCACAGAUGAUGAUAUUUCAUUUGGAAACCCAUCCAAAUAUUACAUGGUAUUCACAAUGCAUUACGUUCAACGCAUUUCCAACAGACGCUCACGAGCUUACCUAUUCGUUAUUUGGAAUGAUUAUGAUGUAUUGGUUUCCAUUAAUAGUAAUUAUUUAUACUUAUACAAGUAUAAUAUUCGAAAUUUGUAAACGUUCGAAGGAAAGUGACGAAGACAGGAUACGCCGUUCGUCCUUGGAAUUUUUAAGCCGUGCUAAAAUACGCACAUUGAAAAUGACCAUAAUCAUAGUUACAGUUUUUUUUAUCUGCUGGACUCCGUACUACGUCAUGAGUUUAUGGUAUUGGAUUGACAAAAC